AUGUCAGAGGUGGAUCUCCUCAACAUUCUGGAUGAUUUAAGAAACGAUGAAUUCAAGAACUUCAAGUGGCACCUGAAGCAUGAAAAGGUGGACGACAUCAAGCCCAUCAAAGUGAACCUGCUGUCAAAGGCAGAGAGGCGGGAUGUGGUGGACCUGAUGGUGCAGAAAUAUGAACUUGCUGGAGCUGUGGAGGUUUUGGAGAGCAUUUUAAAGAAGAUCAGCAGGAAUGAUCUGGUGAGCGAGUUGUCAACCAUCAGCUCAGGAGCAGAAGGUCAGUCACAGGAAGGGAUAAACAUCACAUCACAGGUUUUACAUAUACAUCAGAUCUGUUUGACGAGGAGUUGUCAACAUGUGACUGAAGGAACUGAUGAAGCAGGAAGUGAAACCCUCCUCAACGAGAUCUACACUGAGGUCUACAUUUCAGAGGGAAAGAGUGAAGAUGUCAAUACUCAACAUGAGGUGUGGCAGCUUGAAACAGCUUCCAAGAUGGAGACCCUCCAGGACACUCCCAUCAAGUGUCAGGACAUCUUUAAACCCUUACCCAACCACCAGAAAUACAUCAGAGUGGUUCUGAUGAACGGCGUCGCUGGCGUUGGAAAAACCUUCUCAGUGCAGAAGUUCACUCUGGACUGGGCACAGCGCUCCAACAACCAAGAUAUCAGUCUGCUGAUUCUGUUCUCGUUCAAGGAGCUGAACGUGAUCAAAGAUGACCAGUACAGUCUGCUCAUGCUGAUCCGUGUUUUCUAUCCAACAUUACAGAAGCUCACAGCAGAGAAGCUCGCUGGCUGUAAAGUUCUGUUCAUCUUUGACGGCCUGGAUGAAAGCAGGCUUUCACUGGAUUUCAACAACAGUGAAGUCGUGACUGAUGUCACACAGAAGUCAUCAGUCAGUGUGCUGUUGACAAACCUUAUCAAGGGGAAUUUGCUUCCCUUGGCUCUCAUCUGGAUAACUUCUCGACCUGCAGCAGCCAAUCAGAUCCCUCGCACAUGUGUGGACAGGGUAACAGAAGUACGAGGCUUCACUGACCCCCAGAAGGAGGAGUACUUCAGGAGGAGAUUCAGUGAUGAAGAGCAGUCCAGUAAAAUCAUCUCACACAUCAAGACAUCCAGGAGCCUCCACAUCAUGUGUCACAUCCCAGUCUUCUGCUGGAUCACUGCUACAGUUCUGAAGCCAAUGUUGACUUCAGAUCAGAGAGAGCUGCCCAAGACCCUGACUGACAUGUACUCACACUUCCUGCUGGUUCUUUGCUGGACAAAGAGGAAGAAGAACAAGUGUGAUGAGGGACAUGAGACGAGUCCACAGGAGCUGACGGAGGCUGACAAGGAAGUUCUUCUGAAGCUGGGGAGACUGGCAUAUGAGCAUCUGGAGAAAGGAAGCAUUGUGUUCUACGAAAAAGACCUGGAGCAGUGUGGUCUUGAUGUGACAGAGGUCUCUGUGUCCUCUGGAGUUUGUAGAGAAAUCCUCAGAAGAGAGAAUGGGAUCUACCAGAAAAAAGUCUACAGCUUUGUUCAUCUGAGCGUUCAGGAGUUUCUGGCUGCAGUCUACAUGUACCACUGUUACACCAGCAGGAAGACAGAGGUACUGGAGGACUUCCUAGGAAAAGACUACAGUGACUCAUCUCUGGAUGUCUUCCUUAUGGGAGCCAUGAGGAAAUCCUUGAAAAGUAAAAAUGGCCACCUGGACCUGCUUGUCCGCUUCCUUCAUGGCCUCUCUCUGGAGUCCAACCAGAGUCUCUUAGGAGGCCUGCUGGGUCAGACAGACAACAGUCCAGAAACCAUCCAGAGAGUCAUCAACAACCUGAAGGAGAUGAACACUUGGUCUGUCUCUCCUGACAGAAGCAUCAACAUCUUCCACUGUCUGAUAGAGAUCAACGACCGCUCAGUACAUCAGGAGAUCCAAGAGUUCCUGAAGUCAGAGAACAGAUCAGAGAAGGAACUCUCUGAUAUCCACUGCUCAGCUCUGGCCUACAUGCUGCAGAUGUCAGAGGAGGUUCUGGAUGAGUUGGACAUGAGGAAGUACAACACAUCGAAGGAGGGUCGACGAAGACUGAUCCCAGCUGUGAGGAACUGCAGAAAGGCUCGACUUUGUAACUGUGGACUCUCAGAGACUCACUGUGAAGUUGUGGCCGCAGCUCUGAAGUCCAACCCUCAUCUGACAGAUCUGAACCUGAGUGAAAACCAGCUGCAGGAUUCAGGGGUGAAGCAUCUGUCUGCUGGACUGGAGAAUCCAAACUGUAGGCUAGAGACUCUGGGAUUGAGUCUCUGCAGUUUGUCAGAGAUCAGCUGUGCUUCUCUGGUCUCCGCUCUGAAGUCCAACCCCUCCCAUCUGAGAGACCUGGAUCUGAGUGGAAACAAGCUGCAGGAUUCAGGAAUGAAGCUGCUCUGUGGUUUUCUGGAGAGUCCAGACUGUACACUGGAGACUCUGAGAUUGAGGCACUGCAGUUUGUCAGAGAUCAGCUGUGCUUCUCUGGUCUCAGCUCUGAAGGACAACCCCUCCCAUCUGAGAAAGCUGGAUCUGCGAAGAAACAAGAUACAGGAUUCAGGAGUGAAUCUGCUAUGUGGUCUUCUGAAGAAUCCAGACUGUAGACUGGAGAAGCUGAGGUUGAAUAACUGCAGUUUGACGGAGAUCAGCUGUGCUUCUCUGGCCUCAGCUCUGAAGCACAACCCCUCCCACCUGAAAUUGCUGGAUCUGAGACUCAACGACCUGAAGGAUUCAGAUGUGAAGCAGCUGUUUGAUCUUCAGGCGAGUUCAGGCUGCAAACUGGAGACUCUGAGGAGGAAGCUGGACCAACCUGAACCCAGCUGUGUGUCUAUGAACAGUGAUUGGUCUAUGGAUCAUCCUUAUAACUUCAAAGAUGGACGCCACUCUGAUGAUCACAAAGUGGACCAGGAGAGCUCAGAGGUUCCCAGUGGUCAGUCUGCCCAGCAGCAUCAAACACAGCUGGACUCCAUAUUUAUGCUGCUGGAGGAGAACAUCGUCACUUUUGUGAAGAACGAGCUGAAGAAGAUGCAGAAGAGUCUGAGUCCAGAUGACCCAGAAUGCUUAGAGAGUCAGAGGGAGGAUGAGGAGGUGUUGGACGGUGAGGAGGAAGAGCAGAGGAGGAGAAGCAGAGAUGCAUUUCUGAAGAUCACACUGCACUUCCUGAGGAGAAUGAAGCAGGAGGAGCUGGCUGACUGUCUGCAGAGCAGCAGGUGUCGACGUAAACUCAAGUCUAACUUGCAGAAGAAGUUCCAGUGUCUGUUUGAGGGGAUCGCUAAAGCAGGAAACCCAACCCUUCUGAAUCAGAUCUACACACCACUCUACAUCACAGAGGGAGGGACUGCAGAGGUAAAUGAUGAACAUGAGGUCAGACAGAUUGAAACAGCAUCCAGGAAACCAGACAGACCAGAAACAACGAUCAGACAAGAAGACUUCUUUAAAGCCUCACCUGGAAGAGGUGAACCAAUCAGAACAGUGAUGACAAAGGGAGUGGCUGGCAUUGGGAAAACAGUCUUAACACAGAAGUUCACUCUGGACUGGGCUGAAGACAAAGCCAACCAGGACAUAGACUUCACAUUUCCAUUCACUUUCAGAGAGCUGAAUGUGCUGAAAGAGAAAAAGUACAGCUUGGUGGAACUUGUUCAUCACUUCUUUACUGAAACCAAAGAAGCAGGAAUCUGCAGGUUUGAAGAGUUCCAGGUUGUGUUCAUCUUUGACGGUCUGGAUGAGUGUCGACUUCCUCUGGACUUCCACAACACUGAGAUCCUGACUGAUGUUACAGAGUCCACCUCAGUGGAUGUGCUGCUGACAAACCUCAUCAGGGGGAAACUGCUUCCCUCUGCUCGCCUCUGGAUAACCACACGACCUGCAGCAGCCAAUCAGAUCCCUCCUGAGGGUGUCAGCAUGGUGACAGAGGUCAGAGGGUUCACUGACCCACAGAAGGAGGAGUACUUCAGGAAGAGAUUCAGAGAGGAGGAGCAGGCCAGAACCAUCAUCUCCCACAUCAAGACAUCACGAAGCCUCCACAUCAUGUGCCACAUCCCAGUCUUCUGCUGGAUCACUGCUACAGUUCUGGAGGAUGUGUUGAAAAGCAGAGAGGGAGGAGAGCUGCCCAAGACCCUGACUGAGAUGUACAUCCACUUCCUGGUGGUUCAGUCCAAACUGAAGAACAUCAAGUAUCAUGGAGGAGCUGAGACAGAUCCACACUGGAGUCCAGAGAACAGGAAGAUGAUUGAGUCUCUGGGAAAACUGGCUUUUGAGCAGCUGCAGAAAGGCAACCUGAUCUUCUAUGAAUCAGACCUGACAGAGUGUGGCAUCGAUAUCAGAGCAGCCUCGGUGUACUCAGGAGUGUUCACACAGGUCUUUAAAGAGGAGAGAGGGCUGUACCAGGACAAGGUGUUCUGCUUCGUCCAUCUGAGUGUUCAGGAGUUUCUGGCUGCUCUUCAUGUCCAUCUGACAUUCAUAAAGUCUGGAGUCAAUCUGCUGGCAGGAAAACAAACAUCACAGACACGUGUCUACCAGAGUGCUGUGGACGAGGCCUUAAAGAGUCCAAAUGGACACCUGGACUUGUUCCUCCGCUUCCUCCUGGGUCUUUCACUGCAGACCAAUCAGACUCUCCUACGAGGUCUGCUGACACAGACAGGAAGUAGCUCACAGACCAAUCAGAAAACAGUCGAGUACAUCAAGAAGAAGAUCAGUGGGAAUCUGUCUGCAGAGAGAAGCAUCAAUCUGUUCCACUCUCUGAAUGAACUGAAUGAUCGUUCUCUAGUGGAGGAGAUCCAACUGUACCUGAGAUCCGGAAGUCUCUCCACAGAGAAACUGUCUCCUGCUCAGUGGUCAGCUCUGGUCUUCAUCUUACUGUCAUCAGAAAAAGAUCUGGAUGUGUUUGACCUGAAGAAAUACUCUGCUUCAGAGGAGGCUCUUCUGAGGCUGCUGCCAGUGGUCAAAGCCUCCAACAAAGCUCUGCUGAAUGGCUGUAACCUCUCAGAGAGAAGCUGUGCAGCUCUGUCCUCAGUUCUCAGCUCCCAGUCCUCUAGUCUGAGAGAUCUGGACCUGAGUAACAACAACCUGCAGGAUUCAGGAGUGAAGCAGCUUUCUGCUGGACUGGAGAGUCCACACUGUGGACUGGAAACUCUCAGGUUGAGUGACUGUAACCUCUCAGACAGAAGCAGUGCAGCUCUGUCCUCAGUUCUCAGCUCCCAGUCCUCUAGUCUGAGAGAUCUGGACCUGAGUAACAACAACCUGCAGGAUUCAGGAGUGAAGCAGCUUUCUGCUGGACUGGAGAGUCCACACUGUACACUAAAGACUCUCAGCCUGUCAGGAUGUCUGAUCACAGAGGAAGGCUGUGCUUCUCUGGCCUCAGCUCUGAGGUCCAACCCCUCCCAUCUGAGAGAGCUGGACCUGAGCUACAAUCAUCCAGGAGACUCAGGAGAGAGGAUCCUGUCUGCUGGACUGGAGGAUCCACACUGGAGACUGGACACUCUCAGGUUGAGUGGCUGUAACCUCUCAAAGAGAAGCUGUGCAGCUCUGUCCUCAGUUCUCAGCUCCCAGUCCUCUAGUCUGAGAGAUCUGGACCUGAGUCACAACAACCUGCAGGAUUCAGGAGUGAAGCAGCUUUCUGCUGGACUGAAGAGUCCACACUGUGGACUGAAGACUCUCAGCCUGUCAGGAUGUCUGAUCACAGAGGAAGGCUGUGCUUCUCUGGCCUCAGCUCUGAGGUGCAACCCCUCCCAUCUGAGAGAGCUGGACCUGAGCUACAAUCAUCCAGGAGACUCAGGAGAGAAACUUCUGUCUGCUGGACUGGAGGAUCCACACUGGAGA